GUGCUAUUCUUGGUUUGAUUUUAAGAAAUGUCAAAGAUGAACCGUGGACAAAACGCGAAAUCAUGUAUAUUCAAUUUCCGGGGGAUAUUUUUCUUAGAAUGUUAAAAGCACUUAUAUUGCCUUUAAUUGUCGCUAGCAUUAUUAGUGCGAUCGGCGGCUUGGAUCUUAAUUUAUCCGGUAAUUAAAAAAAAUACACACCUCUUGUAAAAAACUUUUCAAACAAGUGAUUACUUAUGACGAAUCGAUUGCGUGGGCGCGUAAACUUGUUUACGUGUUUGGUUUAGUAACACAGAUUACCAGUAUUUUCUGGUAUGAUUUGUCUCUUGGAAAGAUUGGUAUAAGAUCGAUUUAUUAUUAUGCUUCAACAACAAUAUCUGCUGUAAUUCUUGGCAUAAUUUUAGUCUUAAUUAUUAGACCUGGAGAGUUCACUGGUGGUAUGAUUGCAAAAGAGAAUAUAACUCCAGCUAAAGAUAUUACAACCACAGAUACAAUAUUAGAUUUAAUCAGAAAUGUGUUUCCACCAAAUCUUGUACAAGCUUGUAUUGCUCAGUACCGUACUGUAUUAAUAGAGCCUAAAAAUAAGACAGAAGUAAGUAACGUACAAGAUUGGGAAAUAUCUCAUAAAUAUGCAGAUGGCACGAACACUUUAGGCUUAGUUAUAUUUGGAAUUGUAUUUGGAAUAGCUCUUAGUAAAAUGGGUGAACCAGGAAAACCACUUUUAAAUUUUUUUGACACUUUAUCUGAAGUAUCUAUGAUUAUUACUAGAUGGGUUAUACGAAUAUCUCCAGUUGGUGUGCUUUUUCUUGUUAUAUCAAAACUUUUAGAAAUUGAAGAUAUUGGUGCUAUUGCUGGACAAUUAAGUUUAUAUUUUAUUACAGUAUUAUUAGGUUUGAUUAUUCAUGGGUGUGGAACACUUUCUAUUAUAUUUUUCAUUUGUACUAAACAAUUGCCAUUUAGAAUGAUAGCUAAGAUGAGUCAAGUUUUAGCAACUGCAUUUGGUACUUCAUCAAGCACUGCUACACUGCCAGUAACAAUACAGUGUUUAGAUAAUAUAGGUAUAGAUCCUAGAAUUACAAGAUUUGUUGUUCCAAUUGGUGCUACUAUUAACAUGGAUGGAACUGCAUUAUAUGAAGCUGUUGCAGCAAUAUUUAUAGCUCAAGUUAGAAAAAUUCCAUUGUCUUUUGGCAAUGUCAUUGGUGUUAGUAUAACGGCAACUGCAGCAAGUAUAGGAGCUGCUGGUAUUCCACAAGCUGGUCUUGUUACAAUGGUUAUGGUAUUAGAUACUGUAGGUUUACCUGCUGAAGAUGUAACACUUAUUAUUGCCGUAGAUUGGCUUCUGGAUCGUUUUCGUACGACGAUAAAUGUUAUAUGUGAUGCACUUGGAGCUUAUGUUGUUGAACAUUUGAGUAAAAAAGAGCUUGAAGCAAGUGCAAAUCUCCAAGAAGAAACAAUUGAACUAGCCAGAGUAAGAAAAACAGAAGCAUAAGUUUUUAAUUUCUUGUUAAUUCAAAUUUGCCAUGAUAUAUAAACACAAUUUUAUAGUGUUUAUAUCUUUUUAUAUACUU